AAUAUUAUUUCGCGACAAUAGAGGCGAAACGCCAACUGAAUACCUAAUUUAAUCAUUCAGCGACAAAAUGUGGGUAUAACCAUGUAUAACUAUGCUAAUACAACUUUCUAGAUUUCCUAAUAAAGGCACCAUAACUGAUUUCCCAAUUAUAGCACGGAACACUAAAAGGAAAAAGUCGUAAAUACAAAAUUUACAAAACCGGUAAAACUCAAAACCCUAUCCAUCGACGCCAUUAUGAAAAUUAAAAAAAAGUUGCUCGAUCAAAGCGCGCAAUGGAACGCACGCAUGCGUAGACAUGUUAGGUUCUUUACAGUGGAAGAAAGUAGGCUCAUAUAAAAUGGCUUGCGACUCUGUGGCUCGCUUAGUAUAACCUUGAGAAGGACCGAGAAAGCACCGCGCGCGGUCCAAAAUGGCGGCGAAAAGUUUAAUUUUAAUUUUAUUCGUAGUUUCUUGUAGGGUCGAAAGUGCAAGUUUGAUUGAAAGAUCCUACGAUUUUGUUGUGGGUUUGGGAAAGAAUUUGGCGCCCAGUUUUAUGUCUAUGUUGGACUGUUUGGGCGAAGAUGAUGCUUGGAAUUGUGCGAAGCUGAAGGCGGGAAAAAUUUUGGACUCUUGGGAUAAAGAGGUUGAUAAACAGAGGAGGAGUUGGCAAGCGGCAGCUGAUGCUGAAGCCAGGUCUUCUGGCAGGUCCAUGGAGGAACUGCCCUCCAAGCUUGGGAGAGAGGUGGAGGAUUCACUCACCUCGUUAGCGGACAUCAUGCAACAUGGUGUGGCUAGGGCGAUGUCCAGAAAGCACGAUCACGAGGGCGGGGGCAUCGACAGCAUAACCAUCUCCACGGGCGGGCAAGACAAAAAGAAGAUGAAAAAGAAAAAGCAGAAGCCCCCAAAAAUCCACCUGGUCCACCCCAUGAUGAUGCAGGAGAUGGAACCCAAAGGUCGGGCGUUCGGGCGGACCCAGUCCUGGGUCAUAGGAGAGAAUGCCACGAGGAAGGCCAGGGGAAUGAUGGAAGAUGUCUUGGGCAUGGGGGAUAAGGCGUUGGACGCCGUGGCCGAGCAUGCCAUGAAGAGUGAUGAGACUGAAGAUGGCAUUGCGGAUAAGAGUGGAGUCGAAGAGCAAAGAGGCAAAAAGAAGAAGAAGAAGAAGGCCAUCCUGAAGCUGCUGAUCCUCGGAGCCGUGCUCAAAGCCAAGAUCGGGACACUGUUGCAAAUUCUGUCCUUCAAGUUGCAGGUUAAAUUCUUCAUCCUGGCGCUGAUCGGUCUGGGCAUCAACCUGGCGCGGUUCUGGAUCGACGUGAAGAAACAGCAUCAGUCCCCACAGAAGGUGAUAUACUACGAGCACGCGCAGCAUCAGCACCACUAUGAUCACGAGGAGGAACCCGGCUGGGGCCCGUGGUCCCGCACAAUGGACCCUGCUGAUGAUUCCGAUUUGGAUGACAACAGCCCGUAUAGAGCGCAGGAGAAACAAGCAUCGUAUAUCCGACCUCUUCUAACCCGGGUCUAGGCGUAUGCUUGUCUCUUUCCCUCUAGUCCCAGUAGCUUCGUUGUUCGGUAUUCGGUAACUUACGGUGUAUUCCCAUUU